AAUAAUAUUUUAAUGAAAAUUCCUUCGGAGAAACUAAAACCUUUCACCACAGAAAUUGCACCAGAAUGUUCCAAAUUGAUCUCCAGUUUAAAAAAUGCCGGCGAUUUUACAAUAUUCGUUAAAGGCCUUGACAAUAUUACUGAAUGGUGCAGUGUUUUUGGAAAGACUGAACUUGGUCGUUGGGUUGAUGUUUUAAACGAUUGUGAUGCAGUUUUGGAGGCUGCUGACGAAGAUGAAAUUAUGUCAGUUGACAAAAAUGAGUCGCAAGAAGCACAGAUUAUUUCAGUUUUACGUUUUACUUCACUUUUGUUUGAAAACACUUUUGGACGUUCCAUUUAUUGUUCAAUGGAUCGAUUAAUUAAACUCCUUGAUUCGCGCAAAAUUUGGAUUGUUGUGGCAACUCUGCGUCUUUUAAUGGUUGUUAGCAAGUGUUCUCGUUUUAUUACUCAACAUUUGAAUAGCGAUGUGCGACUUGAGCUUUACAGUAAACUUAUGGCUAUUUUAGAGAUUUGGGCAGGCAAAUUGCGACUUACACCUUUUGCUGAAUUUUGCUCUGCUGACUUUUCUUACUCUCAUGGUUUUAGUAUUCAACCAAUUCCUGAGAUGGAUGAAUUUAUUGUUGAUACAAAUAAGUCAACGGCAGAACUUAAAGAUUCUGAAAAACAAUUUGCUUUUACAAAGCUGCGUUUUCUUUAUAGCAUCAAAAAUCAAAAUGAGCGUUUUUACCAAAUAAUUGCUCGUCUUAUUUCUUCUUCCAUAAUAUGUAAAGUUUAAAAUUUAAUUUCUUUCUAAUUUUUUGUUACUCUUUGUUUCAUCCCCCCUCCUUUCCCCAGUUUUAGUAUCAUUUAUUCUUUAUCAGGGUUGGGGUCUUCGAGUCGGGCCGACGUUUAAGUCAUUUUUUCGGGCCUCAUCUUUUUC